UUCUUGGUUUGUUCACGUAUGAAAUCACAUGACUUGACAUUGUAAACGAGCUUCUGUAGUGGUAGUGUAGGUGUCAUGUUGUUUGUAUGCAGAUGUGACCUACAUGUAUGACAUGAUGGAUGUCUAGUCUUCCAUUGUCUGCCAUAUUUCGUCUGCUAAAACGACAGCAAGACUGGCUUUGUUUCAAUGGAAUCGCAUCCUUUUGCAGUGUUGAUUGUGUGUUGAGCUCAGCUAGCUGCCAAACCCAAAUAAAGCCAAGAUGAAUAUGACAUUUCAUUUUUCAGACAAGAUCCCCCACUUGCUGUUCUACCCAUGGGAAAUUAACUCAUGGCUAGACCUGGUCUUAGCGAUAUUCAUCGUCUUCCUCAUUGCCACCUUCUUGGAGCUGAUCAAGGUCCUUACAGUGAAGCUCAGGCAGAAGAGACAGCAGAUUCCGCUGUUGUCUCUUCAGAAGAGCGAACCUACCGCAAGACCAAGCACAAUCAACGGCAACCACACCACGGAACAGACACCUCUUCUCUCCUCCAUGAGAAUUCCAAGCAGUGUGUCCAAAAUAAGAAGAAGAAGAUUCAAGUUCCACAUAGUUGAAUCAAUACUUCACAUGGUUACAGUUGGUUUUGGCUACAUACUUAUGCUAAUAGUGAUGACCUACAAUACGUAUCUUUUCAUCACUGUUGUGUUUUCACUGACGGCUGGCUUCUUAUUUCUUGGUCCUCUUCGGAGCAUGACGACCCCACCGAAGAUCCCCGCCCGCCACCAAUCCCUGACUGACGCUGAGGAGAGAUCACUCGGACAGAGUGAUAGUCGGCCGUCGUUAGUGGAAUCUGCAGAAAGCUCACGGCGCCCGUACUACAGGGGGUUAUAUGAUUGAAGACGAUGUUUGUUUGUUGUUUUGAUGAUCUUCCGGUCAAAGUAACUCGGCAAACUCCAUCAAGCUGGCAACAGCCAAUCUCUCUCAUACAAACAUUGGUUUCACGUCUAUGAUUAUGAAUCGCACAAAGCCGCUGCCUCACUCAGAAUUGGACUCAUGGUUUGUGAUAUUCCUAGAGUCCAUUCUACACAGGAUUGAAGACUUUUUUAUCUGCAUUUAGAAUCCAUACAGGAUAACCUUGAAUUGUUUGUAUUCAAUUCUACUCGGGACUUCCCAUGAGAUGAAAUAUUCUGCAGAUUAGAACAUUGUAUUAUUAUGACUUCAUGAGUUUUUUCAUUUAUUGUUCUCUAGUACUACACAGGUCUAGAAAUGGAUUUCAAACAACCCAUUCUACACAACAUUUUAUGAU